UCGAAGGCUGAAAUAUAUUUCUUUCAUCUAAAUUCGCUAAAUCAAAAUCAUGACGUGAGAACAAUAACCUCCAUUUGGAUGAAUUUUUCUUGUUCAAGUACAACAGGAAAAAGAACACUCUUGAGUGGGGACAUUCAUAUAAAGUGAAUCACUCCGUUUUUUCUUCAUUUCAUAGCAGUAUAUCGUGAUUGAAUUCUACUGUACGAAAGUUUUAAAAUGUCUGGACUCAGAUACCUUUGUUGUAUCCUUUUGUGUUCUGGAGUGUUAUCAGUUCCUAUCCUAGAGGAGCAAGAUUUUGGAGAGGGUGAAUUGACUAGAAGUAUAAGGUCUCCUACGCUUUUCAAGAAGAGACCUCUUCUUGGAGCCCUGCUGGGUGGCUUACACGGUGGAGAUGGUCACCAUGAAGGAAGCUAUGGAACCCACAUAACAAAUAUUAACAACUACGGGCCCCACGGUUCAUCAAACCACGGUCACGGUCAAGGAUCCGGUAGUUUCGCAGGAUCCUUCGCAGGAGGUCACGGUCCCAGUCAAAGCCAAAGUCAAUCAGCAUCUUUUGCCUUGGGGCCAUACUCCGCUUCUUUUUCUCAGAGUCAAUCGCAUAGCGGAGGAGGAAGUACCGGAGGAAUAUUUGACCACUUUGACUACUAGCAGAAUGUGAUAUUAGAAUAUAUAAAUAAGUAUUG